CAUGCGGCUGUACAAUUGAAAGAAUGUCCAAAGCCUUGCAUAAACCCAACGUUCCAUUACACACGCAGCAUUGAUUAGCUGUACGCAUUCUCCAUAUAUAAGUAGUAGUGACUAGCUUUAGCUCGGUGUAUCAAUAUCAAUCCUAACAUUAUGGCACCUUUGUCUACUACAAGGAACCAGCAACCGCAACCGGGGGCACCGGCCUCACCUGCCUCCUCCGAAACCUCCCUCGAAGAACACGGGUGCCUCGAGGCCAAUGUCCUUUCGGUGUACGACCUGCCCUAUCCCGAUGUCAUCCCAAAGGCCGUGACGCUCUCUGUGCGUGGGAUGUUUGUCUCGAGCGGACCUCCCCUGGCCCGGCAAAAGGACCGAAAUUCCUUUCGGUUUGCCCCCGUCAUGCCGGACAAAACAAAGACACAGGGCGGCAGCAAUUCCAUCGGAGCCAGCAAGGCAAAAACCAGCGCUGCCUCGGCCGCGCCCAUUAAGCUUGUGGCCCCACUCCGGGAACUCUACCAAGAGACCCUCAAGAUCCGUGUCGUGUACGAGGAUCCCGAGAAAUGCCUGGAAACCGAGCUGGAUCUGCGCCAGCUCCACAUCCACGAACAAAAGUGGCUGAUCCUCAACCUCGCACCGACGCCACGCCCCGGAACAACACAUGGUAGUAGCAACAACGGCAGCAACGGCAAUGCGAAUACGAGUGAGAGCGCGAUCGUGAAAUCUACAGCAACCAUCCCUUCGGUUGCCGAAGAGGACAUGUCUCCGCCACCGACCAUUCGAAUCAAAUUCAAACUAUCUGGACCGUAAGUAUAGCGGCAGCCUGUUGUUUCCCAUCGUAUUGCCUUUCUGGAAAGGGCCGUGUGGUUUUGUUUUGACGCUUUGCCACAGAAUGCUAAUUUUCACUCGCGGGUUUGCGACUCGUUUUCUUCGUGCACACAUGCAUCGCAUCACAGGUACCGGCCGGAAAUUGCGGCGUUGGUGAAUCUCGCGAGGACAUGGUUUGGCGUCGUGGAUGCCAUCGAGGGAAAGAUUUCCCGGUCGUCCUCGGCCAUGGGAAACAGCCUUCCGAACAUCGGAAUCAACUUUAACAAGAACCUACUGUUGGUGCCCGCGGCCCCAUUUCUGGCCGUGGUGGUGGCGGCGGUCCCGCUCUUGGCGGGGGUUGCCGCUCUGGCCCUGCCUUUUCUCCUGCCCAUCGUAUUGGUGUGUGCGGGACUCUUGGCCACCGUCGCCUUGUCGGGCGGACUUUUGUAUUCCUCUACCUCUACCGGGCGCUCGAAACUGGGAUCGUUGCUGACCCCCCUGGUCGAAACCCUCGUGGUCUCCCGGCCCGGACAGGCACUGGUUUACGACACGGGCCCCAGGCCGACGCCGGUUUCGGUCUGUCGGCAGAUCAUGCCGGACACGAUGUGGGCCAAGCUCUGGAUCAGUCUGCUGAUCGACGCGAUCGGUUCCUCCUCGUAUCUGCUUCCGCUGGCCGGGGAAGGCCUGGAUCUGGCGUGGGCACCGGCCCAGACCGUGCUGAUCAUGGCCAUGUACGAAUCGACGUCUCCCAACCUCAAGUACCUGAGUUUUAUCGAGGAAGCCCUACCMUUUACCGACAUUGUGCCGAGUGCGUGCAUCGGGUGGGCCUGCGAGUUUUUGCCAAAGCUGUGGAAGGACCAUGCCGAGCGAACCAACACCCACGUCGAUCCCGAGGUGACGAGGGCGGUGACGCAACUGGUAACGACCGCCGCCAACGUGGUCCGGACGAGGAACAGCCGGAGCAGCAACCCCACGGCCGUUCCGCCGGCAACGGCCACAAGCGUCUACUGAGUUGAGCCGAGCCGAGCCGAGUUGAAUUGAAUUGAAUUGAAUACCGGAAUGGAAACUCUUCACGCGCGAUCGGAGGGUCGGUUCGUGGAUUGGUUUUCGGAACAAAACAAAUGUACAGUAAUAGCCAUAACAGGUUGAAUGAUUAAAAACGAAUUACCUUC